AGACAUAUGAAGAAAACCUUAUGUGAUGUUAUUUAUUGUAGCAACAGGCCCUGGCAACAGUUAAGACUCUAUGGUGAUAACGGAUAACCAAGCUUCCAAGGAAGAGGCUAUGGUAUUUCCACUCCCUGGACUUGCAGCAAGCAGAAGCAUAUGGUCACAAUUUCACCAUGGGCUGCAGUAUUUCUAAUGAGGCUGCUGUCAUACAGCUGUCUUCUGAGGAGCUACAGAACAACCAGGAAGCCAAAAAUGUCCUAGCACAAGUGCACAAUGACAUAUACAAUCAUAGAAUAGUUAAGACUAAGAAUGACAGCAUUGGUGGAACAGAGACUAUCCCAACACAGGAUAGGGCAGCUUGGCCAACGGGCACUUCAAAGGAUAGAGCCAGACCUGAAGACCAGACCAGUGAGGGGGACUACCCUGAGGAACUGCCAGAAAGAUUUACAUCAUCUCAGAAAAGCAGCAAUGCACAAAGCACAGAUGCAUUGUCCAUCAGUGAGUUCAUCAGUAAAUCAUGGCCCUUACAGGAAACAGAGAGGCAAAAACUCAUUCUUGAAGAUGUGAGGAUGCAGGGAAUAAUCAAGACCCAAAGUACCACUGCCAGGACUGGAGAAGUGCAAGAAAACAAGAGACACCUGGAAAAGACACUGAAGAAACCACCAGCUAGGCUGGAAAAAAAAUCAUUUGGAAACAAGGAAGUAGGUGAUUCUACAAUGAAGGACAUGAAAAUUCUGCUGAAAGCAAUAACUGCCCACCAAACUACAGGGAAACAGACUGAAACUGACUGCCCAAGUUUCGAAAGUCAAGGAAAUACAGACCCCCCUCAGCCCUCACCUUUAGAUGGUAAACCAGGGAUACUGCUGAAGGAAACAACUGCAGUAGAAGCCACAAACAAUUAUACCGAGAACUCUGUCAUUGUGUCUGAAACUUACAGCUGCAUGGAUGAAAGAAUUUGGAUCUAA